CCCGGAAGUAAGACGUUUAUUGACAAUAUGGCCGCGGAACUGGGAUUGGAUUUGGAGAAAAUUGUAAUUUGACAGCACUCCGCGGAGCUGCGAUAAUAACCAAUUUCCACCCCAAGAGUGUGCGGGACAGAUGGUUUUGAAUGAAGGGACCCGCGAAUCCACGGGAUGGUGUCAGUGAGCUGAGGAAACGUUCAGAGUGUGAAACCCGUCAUGUCGUUUUUUAAGAGGAAAGCAAAAAGCAAAGAGCCCGAGAGAGUGACAGAUGCUAAAGUCAAUAGAGCUAACACCAGCCCUCACUCUCCAUCACUAGGACAGAGGAACCACCAUGCCAUCCAGGAAGCUGCCGGGCCCAGCCAUGUGGCCAUCAACGCCAUCUCUGCCAACAUGGACUCCUUUGCCCGCGGUCGCACCGCCAUCCUCAAGAAACAGCCAAGCCACAUGGAGGCUGCACACUUUGGAGAUCUUGGUCAUUCCAGUGUGAACUAUCACCCCCAAGAGACCCGCUCUCGGCUGUCCAAGACGUUAGACCAUGUUCUUCGGGACAACGUGGCGAUACCUCACUACAUGCAUUUCAUGGAACUACGGGGCGCUGACCACCUGGCUCGGUUCUGGUUGGAGGCUGAGAGUUUCCGCUCUACCAGCUGGUCGCGGGUCCGAGCCCACAGCUUAAACUCUGUCAAACACAGUUCGUUGGCCGAGCCAGUCCCUUCCUCCCAGGACGGCUCAGAGCUCCGGGGGCUCGCCCAAUACACGCCCAACGCCAUGGGUCGGGACAGUAGCAGCGAACGUCCUACAGCUCAGUCAGAGCCGCCGGACCCCUCCGGCACAGAAGCGGACCUCAGACCCGGGACCCCUCGAUCUGAAACCCCCAGCAGCCAGGCGUCCUCCAGGACAGGGACUCCUUACAAGACGCAGUCAAACAGCAGCCUGCGAGACCUCUCAGACAAACUCAUGAAAAGUAUAGAGAAAGAUGCAGUUACCAUCUUCACUAAGUACAUCUCUCCAGAUGCAGUGAGGCCCAUCCCCAUCACAGAGCAGAUCAGAAAUGACAUAGUUGCUAAGAUAUGUGGAGAGGAUGGCAUGGUGGACCCAAACUGCUUCGUCAUUGCACAGUCGGUCGUCUUCACCAUCCUGGAGCAACAGCACUUUAGUGAAUUCCUGCGGAGCCAUCAUUUCUGUAAAUACCAGAUUGAAGUGUUGACUAGUGGCUCCGUGUUCCUGGCUGACAUCUUGUUCUGUGAAUCAGCUCUUUUCUACUUCUCUGAGUACAUGGAAAAGGAGGAGGCGAUGAAUGUACUGCAGUUCUGGCUGGCAGCAGACAACUUCCAGAACCAGCUAGCAGCUAAAAAGGGCCAAUAUGAUGGCCAGGAGGCUCAAAAUGAUGCCAUGAUCCUCUACGACAAGUAUUUUUCACUCCAGGCUACCAACCCUCUGGGCUUUGGUGACUCGGUGCGGAUGGAGAUAGAAUCGAAUAUCUGCCGAGAGGGAGGUCCGCUCCCCGACUGUUUCACCACUCCACUCAGACAGGCCUGGACCACCAUGGAGAAGGUCUACAUGCCGGGCUUCCUGUCUAGCAACCUUUACUACAAAUACCUGAGUGACCUCAUCAACUCGGUGCGGGCAGAUGAGUUUGUGAAUGUCAACACUCCAGGUCAGGGCGGGCCCGCGGACAACGACCGCUCAAGUUCAAAUGCCAGCGAGGUCUCUCAGACUCAGCAAGGAUCCAAAAAGGUAGCCAUCAAGAUCCUGAAAAACUUUGAUGAGGCCAUCACAGUGGACGUUGCCAGCUUGGACCCUGAGUCUUUGUACCAGCGGCCGUAUGCUGGCAAGAUGACGUUCGGGAAGGUGAAUGAGAUGGGCCAGUUUAUCAGGGAGGCAGAGCCGGAGCCGGACGUCAAGAAGUCCAAAGGUUCCAUGUUUUCUCAAGCCAUGAAGAAAUGGGUCCAAGGCAACUCUGAUGAGGCCCAGGAGGAAAUGGCAUGGCAGAUCGCCAAGAUGAUCGUCAAUGACGUCGUCCACCAGUCAAACCAUAACAGCCCAGGCAAGACCACCAAGUUAUGACCCCACUGAGGAACCAAAAGAUCGUCACUCCCUGCAGAUGCUGGCCGAACCAGUGAUGGACUGUACAUGCGGUUCACCUUGCAUUGAGCAGAAUAAUUCUGAGAAUGAACAAGGCAUUUUAUCAUGUGUCUGUACAAGUGUGUGUGCUUGGGUGAGUGGUUGUUCGCUCAUGGGCUAAUGGAAGCGGUUGAAGUACAUCAUUGUUGCAAUCUUCCAACUUUAUAACACUAUAAAGGUACACUUGUUGUCGACAAAAGCAAAGCUAAAUGCUCACAUCAGACUGGAGGAAGACACUCCAGAGGAGGAACACAUUCAAUGCGAUGCUUGCAGAAACCCUGCACAAAGAGAAGCAGCCUGUCAGUCAGUCACUGCGAUGCUGUAGCCGUACUGUCUGAAAAACACGAUAUCUCGGACCUACAGAGGAUGUGACGAAGACUGAAUUACCUUCACUCCCUCAUGACGCACCUCCCCACACCUUUUAUAAGCAUUCCUUGUUUUUAGAUGAGAUUCUCUCUUAAGGGUUAGCCACGUAAGGCUCAAGCAGAUGAAAGUCUGCGCUGUACAGUUUUUGCAUCCCUCAGCCUGCCUGGAGUAGUUUUGUGUGCUGUUCACUGAUGUGAGCUGUCCUACCUUGGCUGUUUUAUGUACUGUAGAGCAUCUGGAAAUGUGACAGUGAAUCAGAAGAUGAGCUGAUUUGGUUCUUGGACUGGCUGACAACCUGUAUGAACCUCCUGGCACCUUGACAGAGUGUAGAAGAAGAAAUACUCCCACAAUGAAUUUAAGUGCUCCAUUUGUGUUGGAAAACUCCAAACUCCACGUCCUAAAUGUUCUAUAUAUAUAUAUAUAUAAAUAUAAAUAUAUAUGUAGAUUUCUGGUUUACCCCAUAUAUUAAUGUCAGUCCUUUUUAUGGUGAUUGCUGUUUUUUUAAUGCAUCACUGAAACAAAUGUCAGUGAUGACCAGACUGUUCAACUGGAAAAUGUGCUCAGUGAAUUUUUUUUUUUUUUUUUUUUUUUAAUUUGUUGAGCCUUACCAAGAUUUGCUGAAGAACCAGAAAGAACUCUUGGUACUAUGUACCACUAAUGAUUUCUGACAUGUAUGUGUACUUAAUCUAUAAUAUAUUUAAAUUGUGUUUGAUUUAAAUACAUAUAUUACGAAA